AUGGCUGGAACUAUUACGUAUCGACUUUUACGGGGUUCAAGAUCAGUGAAAGUAACAACUUCAGAUAAUUUGUUGUGUUUAGUUUGCUUACAUAACAAUUAUAGACGAUUUUCUAGUGAGAAUGGCGCAUUAAAAUUUCUCAAGGUAGCGAAGAAAGACAGAAUAACUGAAAGGAGAGAGCGAAGCGUUUCUCUCGUUUCCAGCAUCUCAAGUGCUGACAAAUCCACUCGAUACGAAUUUCAGAGAGCUUACUGUACAACCAAACCUCCUGAUGUAUCGGAGAUUAGGAAUAUUAACCCAAUGGGAAACAUACAGUCAAAAGUGUAUUAUUUUGACACUUUGGCAGUUGUGCAGAAACUUGUGGCAGAGGGCUUUACAGAGAGCCAGGCAAUAGCAAUAAAAGAUAUUGUACAGGAAGUCCUGCAUUCCUCCAUAGACCACCAGACAAAGGUUCUAGUUACUAAGGCACAAAUGGAAAUAACAACCCAGCAAAUGAUGACCCAUAUAAACUCAGUAAAAAAGGACAUGGUAAUACUAGAGAAGAGCGAGUUUUCAAUGCUGAGAAGUGAAACAGAAAAGCAGACAAUGGAAAUACAACAGCUAAAGAAAGCCUUAGAAAAUGAACUGGAUAAACUUAAGGGACAUGUGAGACUGGACAUUAAUCUGGAGAAAAGUCGAGCAACUGAAGCACAUGCUCAAAAUGAGAAGAACCUUCAGAUGCUCCACAACAAAAUAGAGACAGAUGUGGCAAAUGUCAGAACAUUAUUUGAAUCCUAUAGAAAUGAUGUUAUCAAGUACUCAAUAGGGACUGCUUUGACAGCUGGAGCCACAGUCUUAGCAGUAAUGCGCCUGUUGAUUUAAUGACCAGAUAUUGUUAACCUCUCCACCCUAAUAAUAAGUGACCAAUGGAAAUGCUGGAUAAUACCAAUGUAUCAACUAUAAAUAAAUAAGGAGAAUAAAUCUAUGAAAACUUAAAAU